GGAAGAAAGGUGAGGAAGAAACCGAGUAAUAAAUAAAAGAGCAGAGCAAAUUCCAUAUGUUUCUGGUCCCAUGUGAGCGUUCCUCGAUGGCCGCAUCCGCCCAACCACAAACAAGUGCAGCAUUUGCCGAUUCCUUUGCCAUUCGCCUCUGAUUUUUCCUUUUCUCAGCUCCUGGUUUUUGUGCACCUUAACACAGACAAUAGCGGUUUUCCAGUUUGCGGAAUCUUUUGCUCCUCUGCAAUUCUCCUUUUUGAAGCCAUUGCAGACUUGUGGGGUGGGGUUUUAGAAUCCGAAAGGCUAAAACCAUGCCAUUCUCAGCACAAGAGAUGCCGGUAUGUUCAAUAGAUUCUUGGUUUAAAAGGAAAAAAGAGAAGCUCGUAAUCACGUUUCAUGAUUGAAGUGUUUGAUUCUCAGAGAAACUUUUCCUCUUCUGUUCUUGAUGGAUUAUCUUUAAGCUUUUCUUCUGUUCUUGACGAUGUAGCUCUGCAUUUCAUGUAUCUUCAUAUGUCUAAUUGCUGAUCUUUCACUUUGAUUAAAGGUUAUUAGUUUUGUUUUGCCUUUGUGAAAUGGGAAAUUCUGUUUAUGUGUUUGUGAAGAGUGAAAGUACUUAGAAAGCUGGAUUGGUGAUGUAAGUUAGGGGAAGAGAUGCAAUCUCUGAGUAGUGUAGGGCUUGGUUUGAGUGUGAUAUUUGGUUGCCUGUUCUUAGCUCUUGUUGCUGAGCUUUACUAUCUGCUAUGGUGGAAGAAGAGGUUCACUGACAGAGAUGUUGAGAAUGAUUACAGUAGCCCAGCUAGAGAGCUAUUUUACAUGUUUUGUUGGAAAAAAUCAUCUUCUUUGAUCCACACAGCUCUAAAUCCUCAAGAUCUAAGUAGGAUUCAUGGAGAUGAAGGAGAGUUAAACAUGCACACAAACAACGAUUUCUUAGUGAAACCCUUCGGAGAAGAUGGCAUAGAAACAGAGUUUAUGACACUCCAAGGCCUCUCAGGGCCACCAAGAUUUCUCUUCACUAUAAUAGAAGAAACCAAGGAAGAUUUAGAGUCUGAAGAUGGGAAAGAAUCAAGAAGUAGGAGCUUGAGUGAUCUUCUUCUUACUGUGGAAACUCCAUAUCUCACUCCAUUAGCUUCUCCAACUCUUCUCAUAUCAGAUUCUUCUUAUAAACCCCAUGGAUUCAAUCCCCUCUUUGAAUCAGUAUCUGAUGCAGAGUUCAACAAGAUAAGGUCAUCUCCACCUCCAAAAUUCAAAUUUCUACAGGAAGCAGAGGAAAAACUUAGGAGGAAACUACUGGAAGCAGUUGAGAAAGAGGACAAGUCUUAUAUUACAAUUGCUGUUGACAGGACAAGUCAUUCAAGCACUUCUUCACAGGUACUUCCCUUGCCUUCUUCACCAUCAACCUUCAGUUCAUCAAUCACCAAGAACUAACCAUUAGGAUUGCUUCACCGAAGUCGAAAUGGGUUGUUUUUAAUCUUCUUUGUUGGGUUAGACUUGUUUCUUUUGAAGUGUUUUAAGGGUAAUGAUGCGAGUGGAUGGAUGGACUUGUGGGAUAUUUGUUUUAUUCAAUCUCCAUGUCUCCUAAGCUUGUCUGCUACCUAUAAGUCCUCUUGUGUGGCUGAUGAUAAUGCUGAAAAAUGGGGUAAAAGGAGCUCUGUAGAAACCUUUUCUUUUUUAAAGUAUCUUUCCUCUUCCUCCUUUUUCCUUAACCCCAUUUUUCGAAAACGUCUCGUUGAUAAUCAUUGAGUUUUUAGUUUUUGGUCCUCGAAAAUAAAGCUUAUAAGCACUAUUUCCACCCAUGAAACUAAAAACUAAACCGUUAUCCGACCGAAUCUUACAAACCGAACUCUUACGAGCCAUAUCCCAGCAGAAUUAUGGUACCAAAAGAUCAGAGUUGGUUCUUCCUCGGCUUUUAUCUUAAGAAAUAGAUGGAUGAAUUGGCAGAGGGUUUUGGGAACUUAGCAGUACGUGGCUUGAAAAGGUACCACUCAGAGCAAAGGAACAGGACAGGUUAUAGAUGGUUUUACCAUAUUUUUGUUCCUUAAAACGACAAAAUGUAUGGUCGGAAUAGGUUGCUGCCCCCACCUUGAAGAAUCAUUACAGGCAUUGCCUUUUAACUGUGUUGUUUCUAAAGCUGAUAUAUAUGUCCAUUGCU